AACACAGUGAGGAUGUAUCAAUGGGAGAUGAUUGGGACGAGGCCGUUCAGACCAUGAUUAUGAUCGAGUUGAUGUCAAGUCAUGCAUUAAGAACCAGUGGUAUGUUAGAGCAAGCCAUACAUAUUGAUAAGUACUUGAGUAGGCGCCCUUAUAGGACCCCUAAAUUGCCUGGAAUAGAGUGGGUCAUGGAUAAUCUACAUGACCCUGAUAGGUGUUACACCAUGUUUAGGAUGAACCCUGAAAUGUUUCACAAACUUCAUGAUGUCCUGACAGAAACAUAUGGCCUCAAAUCCAGUAGGAAAUCAACCUCUUUAGAAGCACUAGGUAUCUUCUUAUGGAUGCUUGGAGACUGUCAAAGUGUUAGGCAAGCUAAGGAAAGAUUUGAGAGGUCACUGGGUACUAUCUCUAGGCUUUUCAACAAAGUGUUGGUAUGUAUGGACAGAUUAGCUGCCGACAUCCUAAAACCUGUUGACCCUACAUUUAGUACAAUGCAUGACAGACUUAGAAGCCCUAGGUUCUAUCCCUACUUCAAGGACUGCAUAGGCGCAAUAGAUGGAACCCAUAUACCAUUAACUGUGCCUAGUAAUUUAUUUGUCCAGUACUUGAACCGCAAGGGUAGAACCACACAGAAUGUCUUGGCUGUCUGUGACUUCGACAUGAGGUUCAGUUUUGUCCUUGCUGGAUGGCCUGGAUCUGCUCAUGAUAUGAGAGUCUUCAAUGAUGCAACAUCAACUUUUGGUGAUCAGUUCCCCCAUCCACCUCCAGGAAAUAUUACCUUGUUGAUUCCGGGUACCCAAACCGGCUUGGUUAUCUAGCCCCAUACAAGGGAACCAAGUACCAUAUGCAAGAGUACAGAAACGUCGGCCCUCAAGGUAAA